UUGGAAAAAAUGAAAUAUUUGCAAGUUUUUCCUCUAAAGUAGAUAAAGUAGAAUAUGUUAAACGAGAUACACCUAGUGAUAAUGAUACUUGUCAUGGACUAAAUUUUUCAGAUGUUUUAAGUGAUGAUGCGAAAGUAUUUGGAUUUUAUGACCCACUAAAUCCACUGGAAAAUAAUUCUCCAGUGGUGGAAUUUAUUAAAAAUAUUAAAAUUGAUUAUCUUAAUUAUAUUGUUGAUAUCAACAAACUUGAGAAUAACAAAAUUAUACAACAGGAAUUGAAUGAUUUAAGGAGUAACUUUAAUUCAAAGGAACUUCAGGUUAAUCUUCUUGUUCUUGAAUCUCCAAAUCUAAUAACAGAAAAAGUCAAAAAUUAUGGACUUGAUGGGGUCAACAUUAUUUAUACUUGUAAUGUCAGUAUCGAUAAUAUAGUAAUUAAUAUAACUACAGUGCAUUCCGACAAUUGGAACCCAAGUUGGAUUACAACAUUUACAGUGACCGCAAGUGAGAGUGAGUUAGACACUAUUUCUAGGGUUCAAGAAUAUGUAAAUUAUACGAUUAUCCAAGCAUUUUAUCUUGGUCCAAAUGUGGAUUAUAGUGCUUCUCCAGAUAAAGUGAAUAGUUAUAAUGGUACUGUCAAUAGUUUAUUUAAAAGACUUAACGGAAUGGAUUUUAAAAAAUUGAUUUGGGGAUUUGGUCUCAGUGGAAUUAUAAAAGCUAAUCCUGGAUCAAUAACUGGAUUGAUGAAAAAUAAUGAUACGUGUGCAGGUGGAUUUUAUAUUUGGCCAUGGAAAGAAAUAAGGAAUACAGCAUUAACGGAUAUGUGUAUAGCUAAAAAUGCUGAGGGUUGGACUCGUAAUUUUGAUACCAACUCUUCAACUCUUCAAAAUAAUAAAGUACCAGUCGAUUUGUUUGCUUACGAAGAUCUUGAAUCUUUAUAUCAUAAAUUCAAAUGGGUGACCAAUAAUAAAUUUGCUGGAAUAUCAAUUGCAAAUUUAGCAUUUGAUUCG